GCCUGCCAGAGCCACUGGUGUUGGACCUGCGGAAAGCUUCUGGAUGGACGCCUCAGCUUAGGCUUGCACUACAAUCCGGCAAAUCCUGCAGGCUGCUUGCAGUUCUCGGCUUUGGAAAGCAAGGCCUCGCAGACGCAGCCUGGGACGGUCCUGGGGUUCUUGGUUUUUUGGUGCACGCUGCCGCUCUGGUUCUUAUGCGGCUUGGGACUCAUUGUCACUGUCGUUGCGCUGGUGGCGGUGGGCGAAAAGCGACAGCUUCGGAUACCUCCGUCCGAAGGCUACGGCCAGCGCGGCUACAAAGCCUGGGGCAUUCCGCCGGAUGCCGUGAUGGUUUUCACUCUGGAGGCGUCUAACUUGCAAAUUCUCCAGGGCUGGCAGGCCUUCCUCCAGAUCCAAUGCGUUUCCGAAUGA